GGCAAGGCAUGACCCACCACAGUAGAGUAGGAUCGUCGCACCUCCUCCCUAUUUUCAUCUGCAUCCUUGACCCGAUCAACCUCACCUCCCUCUACAGAUCUAGAAUCAUUAUUAGCAGAAGCCGAUCUGGAAUCCUUCCUUGGAAAAUCUGGUUUCAGAAAAUCAGUAAUCAAAGCCUGUCUACCACGAUCCGGAGGCCAGCCAUCCUUUGGCUCAUGUCCGAUUCUAGUAUCAUUACUCGACUCAGCAAUCAUCUUCCUUCUGUGAGAGAGCAGAGCAGAGAAGGAGGGAGAGCAGAUCCGAAGUUCUCUAGCUCCCCUCCAAUAAAAAGUUAAAAAGAAACCAGCACCUUCGGUACUCAGAGCUCCAAAAAGAACUCAGAUCUGAAGCAGAGCUCAACACAGAAGAAAGCAGGAAUGAAUUUGAAUCGCAGAUCUGAAUCAGAGCUGAAGGAACAGAUUUGCAGGCAGUGAAGAAGAAGGGAAGAACGGUGCUGAAGCUCAGAUCAGCCUCCUAGAAAGACUCUCCGUCCAUGGCCUUCCUCGCCACCGGUGUCAUCCUUCGUUCCGGUAGCUCAGAUCAGACUCCAAGAUCCAGAGUCCUAUUCCGGCCAGAUCUGUUCGAGGAUGAAACCUUCGACACUGCCUAUGGUUACUCCCCGGUCUUGCAAAACCUCGUCCUAAGAUUCGUCCUUCUGAAGGAACAGAUUUGAAGGCAGUGAAGAAGAAGGGAAGAACGGUGCUGAAGCUCAGAUCAGCCUCCUAGAAAGACUCUCCGUCCAUGGCCUUCCUCGCCACCGGUGUCAUCCUUCGUUCCGGAAGCUCAGAUCAGACUCCAAGAUCCAGAGUCCUAUUCCGGCCAGAUCUCCCAAGAUCCCUUUCUCUCUUCCAUGUGCAAAUUUCACUUCUCUUCUAGUCCUUGAACUUUCGGGAACAACUUUAACUCCUCAAUUCCUCCAUGGCUUUUCAAUAUUACUAGUCUUACUGUUCUUGAUCUCAGCUUAAAUUAUUUCAAGGGCCCCAUUCCAGAUACUUUUUCCAAUACUAGUUCUCUUCAAAACCUCGACUUAUCAUUUAAUACGGAAAUUGGAGGAAGGAUACCAAGAACUUUGGGUAAUCUUUGCAAUUUGAAGAGGUUUGAUCUGUCAUGGUGCAAUAAUAUUAAUGGUGAAAUAACAGAAUUUAUGAACAGUUUGUCUAUGUGUGAGUCUAAUGCCUUGGAGACACUACAUUUAGAGGGGACUGGAGUUUCAGGUCCGAUUCCAUCAUCCAUCGGAAACUUGUCGUCCUUGAUAGAAUUGGACUUCUCAUCUACUCAACUUUCAGGUUCAAUUCCAGCAUCUAUUGGUAACUUGUCAUCUUUGAGAACAUUAGACCUCUCUUAUACUCAAAUCACUGGGCCUAUUCCAAUGUCCAUAGGAGGAUUGUCAUCUUUGAGAACAUUAGACCUCUCUUAUACUCAAAUCAUAGGUACUAUUCCUGAAUCCAUUGGAGAACUUUCAGAGUUGAUUGAAUUGAGAAUAACUAAUAGUUCGUUGAGGGGCGUUAUUUCAGAAUGUCACUUUAAGAAUGUCAAAAAUUUGAAAUGGUUACAAAUCGAAUUUGAAGCUCCAAAUAAGCCUUUGGUUCUUGAAGUGAGCAGUGACUGGAUUCCAACUUUUAGUGUGGAGGAAAUCAGUAUGUCUAACUUCCAAAUAGGCCCCAAUUUUCCUUCAUGGAUUGCAACUCAAAAAGACCUCUCCGAUUUAACUCUCAGAAAUGUAGGAAUUUCAGACACGAUACCAGAUAGCAUUUGGAAUUUAUGUGCUCGGCAAAGAAUAGAUACUUUGGAUCUCUCUCAAAAUCAAAUCAAAGGGAGGGUACCAAAUUCUUUGGAAUUUUUCAGUGCAGGUUUUGUAGAUUUGAGUUUCAAUCACAUAGAGGGUUCUUUCCCACUCUGGUAUAAUGUCUCUUAUCUACAUUUUGGGACAAAUUUAUUCACAGGACAAAUUCCUCAGAACAUUGGGGAAGUUUUAGGAUCUGGAGUAGGAGUUUUAGAUUUUUCUGGGAAUUUUUUAACUGGGAGUAUUCCUUCAUCUAUAUGUGAACUAACGAGUUUGGAGGUUCUUACUCUUUCAAAUAAUAGUUUAUGGGGAGAACUCCCAAAUUGUUGGAUGGACAUGAAGGGCUUGAAAGUUUUAGAUAUAUCAACCAACAAUAUAUCAGGCAAGAUUCCUCGAUCAAUAGGUUCUUUGUCUUCCCUGAAUUUUCUAUUACUUAAUAGCAACAACUUUCAUGGAAAGCUUCCUUCGUCAUUGCGAAAUUGCACAUCUCUAAGGAGUCUUGACCUUAGCAGAAAUGGAUUCUUUGGCAAUAUACCAACAUGGAUAGGAGGAAGUCUAUCAUCUUUGAAAAUUAUCAGCCUUCGUUCCAACUUUUUUUCUGGAAAGAUUCCUUCACAAUUGUGUAACCUUUGGAUGCUUCACUUCUUGGACCUCUCACACAAUAUUUUGUCAGGAUUCAUCCCACAAUGUUUGGGCAAUUUAAAUGCUCUACAAUCAAAUAUAGGAAGACUAGCUACAAACAACACAGGUUAUGAGGAGCACAUGAUGGUAGUUACAAAAGGAAGAGAACUUGAAUAUAGCACUACUCUUGAUUUGGUGAAUAGCAUUGAUCUUUCAAGGAAUAAUCUCUCAGGAAAAAUUCCAGAUGGGAUAACAAGAUUGGUGGGAUUGGGUACCUUGAACUUAUCAAUGAAUCAUUUGACAGGAAAGAUCCCAGAGAAGAUUGGGGAUUUGCAGAAUCUAGAAACCCUUGACCUCUCCAUAAACAAACUUUCUGGUCAGAUUCCUCCAAGCAUAUCUUCUUUAACUUUUUUGAGCCACUUGAACCUAUCACAUAACAAUUUAUCUGGAAAAAUUCCAUCAAGCAACCAGCUCCAGACCAUAAGUACUGAUGCAUCCAUUUAUGCUGGGAACUCUGGGCUUUGUGGGUUGCCUCUUGCUAAUAAUUGCCCAGACACUAACACAUCUCCACCUCCAACAUCUGCUAAAGUUGAUGGAGAAAAUGAAGAAGACCUAGAUGGAGAAUGGAUGGAUUUGCUGUGGUUUUACAUUGGCAUCGUUAUGGGCUUCAUUGUGGGAUUUUGGAGUUUCUGGGGCAUUUUAUUUUUCAAGAAAUCUUGGAGGAUUGCCUAUUUUCGGUUUUUGUCAUUAUAUAUUGGAUGAAGAGCGUUUGCAGAGGAAGUUGGAGCUGAAAGGAAAUAAAGCUUCAUUGACUUAAAGAAAUUGAUCGUUGUCAUCUCCACUGCUAGUCCUGCCAUGAAACAAUAAAAGGUUAGUAUGAUCCUUUAAUGCGUAUAAGGGAGUUCCCCCCCUCCCCUCUUUUCCUCUUUUCUUUUCUUCAUCAUGAGAAUGUGUCUAUGGGUUGGCAUAUAUGCAUAAAGAAUGGAAUGUUUUAGCUUAUGUUAUAAGUUUUAAUUUGGGAUCCAUAAAAUUGUGGUGAUACUUACUUUACACCUUUUUUUUUUUCAAAGAAAGCUUACUUUUCACUAUUACACUUGGCAAAUAAUCAAUGCUUGUUGAAAAUACCAAGGUAAAUUAUGUGAGAUAUAAACUGGCCAUUGGGAAAAAGAAGCCUGAAAGGCAGUGUGGUACAUGUUAGGGAUAUGCCCACACUCCAAUAGUUGGUUUUGGUUUUGAUGAUAACAAACAUAUGAAGGUAUUUCACAAUUUGCCUUCUAGUAUUAUUUUGUAGAGACUUUAUGUCAUAGAUUGAAUUUGAUGAAUAAAAUGAAGAAAUAAAGAUUGAAGUCAUCAAAUGAGAAGUAACAACAAGUUGGUAUCAAUGCUUGAAGAAGGUAUCAGAAGAAUUCAAGCUUCAAGAUGUCAAGAUAUGAAGCUCGAAGACAUGGAAUUUCAAACAA